CUACCGAAAAUCCCGUCUCGUCUCCGUCGCGACCCCGAGAAGAAGCAGAGAACUCCGACUUCCCAUCACGGCGGCAGCCAUGUCGAUGGCGACCCAUCUCCCCAGAUUGGCCUCCGUCGCUCUCGCCUCUCCCCACAAGACCCUCUCCGCCUCCCUCGCCUCCCCUCGCUCCGUUCGCCUCCCGGUCAACGGCGGUCGGGCUCCGGCGGCAUCGGCCUCCUCCUCCGGCGGCUCGGGAGCGCGGCGGCGGGCUUCGGUUCAAGCGGCGUCUUCCGAACCGUCUUCUCCGUCUCCCUCGUCUUCGUCUUCGUCUUCGUUCGGGUCGCGGCUCGAGGACGCCGUGAGGAAGACCGUGGCCGAGAACCCCGUCGUGGUUUACUCCAAGACUUGGUGCUCGUACUCGUCCGAGGUGAAAUCUCUGUUCAAGAAGCUCGGUGUGGAUCCUCUGGUGAUUGAAUUGGAUGAAUUAGGACCGCAGGGGCCACAACUGCAGAAGGUCUUGGAGAGGCUUACAGGGCAGCAUACCGUCCCUAAUGUUUUCAUUGGGGGCAAACAUAUCGGUGGCUGUACAGAUACCGUGAAAUUACACCGCAACAGAGAACUUGAACCUCUGUUGUCAGAGGCUAAUACUAAGAACUAGCCUGCUUGAUUAUUCUUUCUGGAGAGAUCGACUCCUGGGGACAGACUAUGAAAGACAAUGCGACAUUACUUCUCAUCGACAUCUGAUUGUCUGUCAUCAACUUUUGUAAUCGAAAUGUUUAUCUUGUGGUGCUGAGGCUUGUCAUUGCAUACUGGAUGCAAAUCAUCUGAUUAUGCCAGCUCCGAGACUCUUAACCAAGCGGUGAAUGAGGGUUUUUGUGGGACCAGAGAUGUUCUCCCAAGUAAAUCAAAAUAUAUGGUAAAUCCUGAGACUGACUGUCCACGGACAUUCUUCUUUGUUUAUGUUCUUGUUGAUUGAAUUUUGCCAAUAAACAUCCUCGGCCGCAGCCAAA